AUGAAGUUUAUUCAGUAUAAUGUGUUAGAUGGAUUACAGUUAGUUCAUGAAAUAUUCAUGAUUGAUACAUUUAAUGAAACACAAUGGGAAGAGAAUGUUAUCCCCAGAAAUGAUAAGGUUGGCUCGACCAGAUGGAUGGAUCGAAAUCCUAAUAACCGUUACGAAGAGUUACAAAUGCUCGCAAGCAAAGCA